CAUAGCCACCACGCGGCGCCCGUUGUUCAACUCAAUGAGACGGAGGUAUACAUGACCCACGGGACGACGCCACCUUCAUAUUAUUGGCAUGAUAUCAUGGAGCCCCCACAAGACGGGGAGCGGUACCCGGGGUUGAUGGGAUUGCAUGCGUUAUCCAUGUCGUUAGCUUUCUUUGGCGCUCUACCAAUUGGUAUCGCCCUUCGGUCCGUCAAGCACGCAUGGCACGGCGUGACUGUCAUAGUAUUCUACGGCCUCGUCGCGGUGGGAUUGUCGUCGAGUGCACUGUACCGCAAGUUGACGCCAGACCUGUACGAAGGGAGCAAACACGGUUCUCAGGGAUACUUCUUCCUCUUUUGCGCCGUCUCCCUGUCCGCCCUCGACCUCCUCUCGCUCGUCGUCCGUCUUGUGACUUAUGUCCGCUCGAUCGUGCGCGGCGAGGAUCGGUUUGCCAUCAAGGCCUUCUGGAAUGUCGUCGUCCUCGAUCGUGACCAGGAACUUUCGGGCGCGGAUGCGGAGUACACCAACCUUGUUGCCGACGAUCCCGAAGAGCUGCAGGAAGCGGAGUUGAAGGCCAAGGAUGUCGACGAGGAGUCCACGGACGCGGAGCCCCUCCACGUUCGAAGGGCCAGGAUAGUCGAGCCUAUUCAGACCUCUUUCGACAGCCAUGAACCGACGGCACAAUGGGCCGAGAGUGUGCAUCGCCAUGCUCGCCGUCCUUCCUACCCGCGGUCGGCCGGUUCCGAGCGUACCCUUUUCGGUCCCCACUCGCCGCGGCGUUCUAACGACUCUUUGGACGAAACAGGUCAUGUCUAUCCCUGGCAGGGCAAGGACAAGCGGGCCGUGCUGCGCUUCGUUGGGCGUGCCGCAUUCGCCGUUGCGGAGCGUGCACUUGUCUUCGCAGGAUUCAUGCAGGUCAUCACUGGCAUCGUCAUCUACACUGGAGGAUGCCGCGGCAAUUGGGGCAACGGGUGCCUGGCACACCUUAUCAAGGGCGGCAUUUUCUGGUGCUACGGCUUAGUGACUUUCGCACGCUUCCUUGGUGCUUUCUCCGACAUUGGUUGGGCAUGGAACCGUGCGCCCAAACACCAUGGGCGGUAUCCUACCGCAGAGUUUGUGGAAUCGCUCGUCGUCUUCCUCUAUGGAAUUACCAACACCUGGAUGGAGCGCUUCGGGGCCCACAAAGGCGACCCAUACACGACCAAGCAGAUGCAGCACAUCUCCAUCGCUGUCAUGUUCUGGUUCGCUGGUCUGGUGGGCAUGGGCAUAGAGUCCAAGCGCAUCCGGCGUUGGCUGGCAGCCGGUGCGACCGCCGCCAUACCCGCCGAGCGUCGUUCGCAAGAGGCCGUUGCGGAGCCCCCGCAGUACAUCGCGAGCUUCAACCCCUUCCCUGCCCUGUGUAUCGGUAUCACCGGUGCCGCCAUGAGCGCACAUUUCCAGACAUACAUCUUCCAGGUCCAGAUUCACAUGCUCUGGGGUUACUUGCUCUGCGGGUUCGCCGUCCUGCGCUGCCUGACGUACUUCUUCCUCUGGCUUGGACCCCCUCGCUCCAUCUUGCCCUCGCGCCCUCCCACGGAAGCGCUCGCGUCGUUCCUGCUCGCUUGCGGAGGCCUCGAGUUCAUGUUCUCGACGGAAGAAGUCACGAUCGCCGCCAUGCGCCAGGGCCAUGACGAUGUCAUGAUGUUCCUGAACGUCGGCGUUGCAAUCACCUGCCUCGCCUUCUGUUGGACGCUCCUCGUGGUCGCCUUCAAGGGCUGGCUCAAAAGCCCGACGCAAGGAACGAUGAACUUCCACAGCUCGGCAUAA